UAAGCGUCGAUGUCAUAAUAAUCUUCUCUCCUCAACUCCAAAGCCGUGCUCUGCAUCUCCAUCCUCCUCCUCCCUCAUCCUCCUCUCAAAACCCUCCAAGAAAAGCAACAUCUUCUAGUUGUAGUCGGAGGCGCCUGUGCCAACCACCUAUCUUCUCUGCUGCUGCUAUUCUGGAUUGUUUAGGUUAAAGUUGAUGAUUUGUAAAUGGCGAUUUCUUCACUGAGUGCCACUUCUGGACUUUCCUCGGUGUUAUUAUCCCCAGUGAGAUUUGACCUGCCAAGGAGGGGUCCAUUAAAGCAUCAUAACCACGCCGUAGCAGGGCUUGGUAAGGUGUCAUUUGGUUUGAAUCGUGAACAACAGUUAGUGAGGCUUGGCAAGAGUCACAGUCAAAGGUCAACUCCCACAACCAGAGUACGCUCUGCUUCCGUGGUCUGUUCAGCUGCUUUGAAUGCCAAAUGCGGAGCUGAAGGACAGACUCAAACUGUAGAGAAGCCAACUUCUGUAAUUUCAAAUGCACCAGGUAAAGAGAAAUCACCACUACUUGAUGAUGGAGGAACCGGAUUCCCCCCACGCGAUGACGACGGUGGUGGCGGCGGCGGAGGUGGUGGAGGUGGUAAUUAUAGUGGUGGGUUCUUCUUUUUCGGGUUUCUAGCAUUCCUUGGAUUUUUGAAAGACAAAGAAAAUGAAGGACCCUAUCAAGAUUCUAGAGGAAGAUAAACUGUUGAGCUUGACUGUCUUUCUAUAGUUUUCAUAUUAUAGUCUCUUUUGUAGUUUCUUACAUCACAUUUGUAACUUAUUAAUCAUAAGAGGUGUUUUAAUGUAUCAUGUUUAAUUGCUUA